AUGGUUACCGGCAGUGGAAUUCUGUUCGCAGCGAGUUUGGUGCUGUUCGCUAGUACCGCCCUGGACGCUGCCUACGUUACUUCUCCGAGCUUUUUGGUCGGAGAACGACUGCGAAGCUAUCGCAGCAGCUGCAAUGUUUCAAGCACCCGUCGCCGUCCGUUCGAACUCGGUGCCGGUAUCUACCGCGAGAUGGACAUCAUGGAAAAGGUGCCACGUCAACGGAACGGUAUCUCCCUGUCGGUGGGCCCAACCUCUCGGUGGCCCAACGCCGUCGUACCGUACGUCAUUACCGGGUCAUUCACCGCGGCCCAGCAAGCAGUGAUCAUGGCCGCCAUCGCGCAGUAUACGGCCAACACUUGUGUGCGGUUUGUUGCCCGUACCACCGAGUCCUUGUACGUUAGCAUCACCAACACGGCCACCGGUUGCUGGUCGUACGUCGGACGUAGCUUGUCGAACUCGGAGAACAUCGUCAACCUGCAGACUCCCGACUGUGUCGAUGUCGGAACGGCGGCCCACGAGCUGAUGCACUCGAUCGGCUUCUAUCACGAACACACGCGUCCCGAUCGCGAUUCGUACGUGUCGAUCGAUCGAAGUGCGCUGGCCACCGAGUACCAAACGGCCACGUUCUACACGGAUAACUUCGGCAUCAUGUCCGCCAGCCAGGUGGUGCUUUACGGUCGCCCGUACGAUUACGGGAGCGUGAUGCACUACUCCAAGUACGCGGGCGCCGCCAGCAACUCGCGUCCGGUCAUGAAUAACCUGAAGCCGUGGACCGGCGAUUUUGGCAACGAUAAUGGACUGUCCGCGUCCGACAUUAUUGAAAUUAACUACAUGUACUGCAACGCUACCACGUCCACCGUUGCUGCUGCAACAACCAAGGCGCCCACCACUGUCGUCACUACAACGGCUGCUCCGGCAGCAACUUCUACCUCGCAGCCUGCCUUGGUUAGCUGUGGAGCUGGUUCGCUGCUGGCGAGCCUCCUGGAACCGCUGAACAAAUUAAUCCAACAAAUCGGAAGUCUACCCAUUUUCCAACUGUUCGGCUAA